AUGUGGUUCUUUAAGGGAACAGUUUGGGCGGCCCUCGCCCUGGAUUUUGGACACUACCACCAGGAUGACAGCCCACAAGCACAGCCAGACCCAUUUCCCACCUUGGCGUCUGCAGCCCCACCCAGGUCGGCCAGGCAGCUGCAGGUGUUGCUGAGUGAGUGGGGCAUGGCACGGGCAGCAGUGUCACACAGGCCCGUCGGUCUGCGUUUCAGGGAUCCUCACGCAACCCGGGCGGAACGCAAGGGCGUGGCCGCUAAACCUGAGGGCGCCGGACCUGCGCACGCGGACCUGGACCGGAACCCUAUCUGCAGGUCCGCAACUUGCGGCUGGUCCUGCUCGCUCCUCGUGGCCUCCCUCGCGGGCGCCUUCGGCUCCUCCUUCCUCUACGGCUACAACCUGUCGGUGGUGAACGCCCCCACCCCGUACAUCAAGGCCUUUUACAAUGAGUCAUGGGAAAGAAGGCAUGGAUGUCCAAUAGACCCAGACACUCUGACUCUGCUCUGGUCUGUGACUGUGUCCAUAUUCGCCAUCGGUGGACUUGUGGGGACGUUAAUGGUGAAGAUGAUUGGAAAGGUUCUUGGGAGGAAGCACACUUUGUUGGCCAAUAAUGGGUUUGCAAUUUCUGCUGCAUUGCUGAUGGCCUGCUCGCUCCAGGCAGGAGCCUUUGAAAUGCUCAUCAUGGGACGCUUCAUCAUGGGCAUAGAUGGAGGCAUCAGCCUCAGUGUGCUCCCCAUGUACCUCAGUGAGAUCUCACCCAAGGAGAUCCGUGGCUCUCUGGGGCAGGUGACCGCCAUCUUUAUCUGCAUUGGCGUGUUCACUGGGCAGCUUCUGGGCCUGCCUGAGCUGCUAGGGAAGGAGAGUACCUGGCCGUACCUGUUUGGAGUGAUUGUGGUCCCUGCCGUUGUCCAGCUGCUGAGCCUUCCCUUUCUCCCUGACAGCCCACACUACCUGCUCUUGGAGAAGCACAACGAGGCGAGAGCUGUGAAAGCCUUCCAGACAUUCUUGGGUAAAGCAGACGUUUCCCGAGAGGUAGAGGAGGUCCUGACUGAGAGCCACGUGCAGAGGAGCAUCCGCCUGGUGUCCGUGCUGGAGCUGCUAAGAGCUCCCUACGUCCGCUGUCAGGUGGUCACCGUGAUUGUCACCAUGGCCUGCUACCAGCUCUGUGGCCUCAACGCAAUUUGGUUCUAUACCAACAGCAUCUUUGGAAACGCUGGGAUCCCUCCGGCAAAGAUCCCGUACGUCACCUUGAGUACGGGGGGCAUCGAGACUUUGGCUGCCAUCUUCUCUGGUUUGGUUAUUGAGCACCUGGGACGGAGACCUCUCCUCAUUGGUGGCUUUGGGCUGAUGGCCCUCUUCUUUGGGACCCUCACCAUCACGCUGACCCUGCAGGACCGUGGACCCUGGGUCCCCUACCUGAGUAUCGUGGGCAUUCUGGCCAUCAUCGCCUCUUUCUGCAGUGGGCCAGGUGGCAUCCCGUUCAUCUUGACUGGUGAGUUCUUCCAGCAAUCUCAGCGGCCGGCUGCCUUCAUCAUCGCGGGCACCGUCAACUGGCUCUCCAACUUUGCUGUUGGGCUCCUCUUCCCAUUCAUCCAGAAAAGUCUGGACACCUACUGUUUCCUAGUCUUUGCUACAAUUUGUAUCACAGGUGCUAUCUACCUAUAUUUUGUGCUGCCUGAGACCAAAAACAGAACCCAUGCAGAAAUCAGCCAGGCAUUUUCCAAAAGGAAUAAAGCAUACCCACCAGAAGAGAAAAUUGACUCAGCUGUCACUGAUGUUCUGGAGGCUGUAGAGUUCAAUGUCAGGGAGACAUCUGACGAGUGCCUUCUUACUGGUGGGGACUCUUGCAGUCCUGAGGCAGCACGGGGAAUCACAUGGUGAGGCGGCUAAGUGUGAUCACUGGGGUCUCUCUUCUCUUUAAAAAACCACCAGUCCCAUUCCCAUGAUGACCCAUUCAUUCAUUCACUCAUUAAUCCAUUAAUUCAUGAGGGCUCUCAUGAUCCGACUACCUUUUAAAGACUCCUCCUCUCAAUACUGCCACAUUGGGGAUUAAGUUUCAACAUGACUUUUAGAGGGGACAUUCAAACCAUAGCAGCCACAUUAAGGAAAUUUUUGAAAAAUAAAACAAUAAGACAUCCAUAAUCUCAUAUCUUUCACUCCCCCAACAUAAGCAAUUUAAUUUUUAGACAGCUCUGUCCAUUUCUUGCUUAUUAUUCAUCCAGUUGGAAUCACAGAAUACAUGAAACACAAUUACAAUCAUCUUGUCUCUUAUCUUGUAUUUUUUCCACUUUAUAUUAAAUCAAAUGCAUCAUCUCAAUUCCAAACCCUUUUUUUUUAUACUCUUGAUAUUCACUCCUGUGAAUUCUUCAUGUAUAAAGUUGUUUUUCACAGCCACACACUUGUACCACAAAUCUAGGGGGUAUUCUUUCUUUUAGUGUCCUUAAUAUUGUAUUACUUUCUAAUACUCACACUUUAACUUUACAGAUGAGUAGAAUGGAAUCGCUGUGCUUCAGAAUAGAACCUUUUUCUUAUGUUUGCUUGGGCCUUCCUCCUCUCUGUUACCUAUGUUGAUAAUCUAGGAUUUGUUGUCUCACAUUUUCCUCCAUGUUCAUAUGAUAUUCAAUGAAAUAAAAUACAUGUGACA